CUGUUUCCGUUCGUUUUGUCCCUAGGAGGAUGCCGUACUUCCAUGUGAAUUUUACGGCGGCGUUUUGCAGAGAGCGGCUGGAGGAAGGCGUGAGGAGCCGACAUGACGGAGAGUUUCAGGACCCGGCUGGAUUUCUGCAGCCCUGUGAUCCAGGCCCAGGCGGUUAGAAACCUUGUUGCUGCUGUGCUGAAGGAAAAAGACUCGAACGAGCAAAUCAGUCAGUCGUCCACGCAGGGCCCAGCGUUGGAGGCUCUGUGGCAGCAGUGCUGCGGCGACUCUGCUCCGGUGCGUUCAGCCUGCUGUGAUGCUGUGGUGCUUUUAGUAGCUCAGGGCCACGCUGAGCUGCAGUUUAUUCUCAACAGCGUCCUCAAUCUCCUGCCCUCUGCCAGAAAUGUCCAGGGGCUUAUAAAGGUCAUGGGAAGACUGCUGCAGAUGCAAGUGGACCAAAGGCAGGAGGACUCCCCCUUCAUCUGCCCCUACUCCAUCAGGAGCUGUCCUCAUCCGUUCAUCACGGCGCUGGAGAACCGAGCGGACUGCUGGCCGGCGCUGCUGCUGGAGAUCGAUGACUUCAUCCGCCAAGCCGCUGAACGGAGUGAAGCCUCUUACAUCACCAUGCUGGUUCCCUUCCUUCGGUACCUGUACUGUGAACCUCAGAGGCAGUCCCAGCAUGCCUUGCUGCGGCAGAGUCUUCUCCGGGUGCUGCUGCCCACGAAAGCAGCGGACAAGGAGCAGGAAAAGGCUGCGGCGGUGUACGAGAGCCUGCUGCUUUGCCUCUGUCAGCUGGUUCCACAUUUCCAGGUGGACAGUGUGGAGGCGGUGCUGGAACUGAGUGGAUUCGUGGACAUUCUGCUUCAGGGUCUCAUGGAAGCUUCUGGAGAGCUCUGGGAGACUGAGAGGGUCCGUCUGCUGGUGCAGCUGCUGUGUGCAUGUCACCAAUGCCUGAGGGUGAAUGGAGACUGCAGACCGCUCCUCAACCUGAUGCAACAACUACUGCCUGCAUGCAAGGUUUGUCCGGUGGAUGAGCUGAUGAUGGGGGUGGCCCUGCUUCUGCCUGAGGCCCCUGCACUUCAGCAGAGCAGCCUGCUUAGACUUGCGCUGACUUUAGCCCCUGAAGAGGAAGAGUGGUCGCCCUGGCCCAGUCCGGUUCUGCUUCUGCCUGUUUUGCAGCUCCUGUCCUGCUCACAGCUCACCGAGCCGCUGGCCGAUCCAUCAACGCACGGCUUAAACGAGCGUCUGGCACACAGCUUGUUACGCAGCAUCAGCAAACCCACCAAAAAGGCCCGACGGCCCGGCCCAACAUUGGCGCUCCCUCUCAGCUCCUGGUACUGGGAGCUCAGCGCGGCGUUGUCCAUAUUGUUCAAAGUCGAUGAUGAUCCGUCCGCAGCCACCGAUUGGCUGCUGGCUGUGACCUCGGGCCUACCGUCCAGCCAGCGUCUGUCCUCGUCCCUCGCACUCAUCGUCACCUACCUUCUCAUCACGGCGCGGGAGGACAUCUGUCUGCUGGCACUGAAAGCAGUUCAGACCAUCGCUGCUGCCGACCCCUGCCAGGUCCCUUCCCUGCUUCCUGUCCUGCUGUUCAAACUGUCGAAGGAAACAAACGCAGGUUCGAUUCAUGCUGUGCUGAACUGCCUGCCCAACCUCGGCACUCAUAAGCUUUGCGUCCCCAUGGUGCUGCAGACUCUCCACAUGCUGGCCAGUUCCCCCAAGCUGAGAGCCGUCGCCAUGCGCCUGAUGGCGGCUCUCUGGAAACGACAGGACCGAGUCUACCCAGAGCUGCAGCGUCUGCUGAGCCAGCAGGAUACCAGAGUGCUGGUGGGGAAGGACGCCCAGUGGGAGCAGAUCCUGGCCAGAGCGGCGUGCAUCAGGGAUGUCUGCAGAGAAAGGCCCUACCAGCAUGGAGGCGACAUGCUAGCCGCUAUCUCACUCACCCUGCAGCAGUGCAGCCGAGCCGACCUGGCCACCCCUGCUGCUCUGGUCCUGCAGGGCUUACAGGAGCUUUGCAGAGCAGAGGUGGUGGACAUUGUUUCUACAUGGAGAAGCCUCGCAGCAGAACUGAGGCGAGACUCCCGUCCAGCGAUGGUUAAAGCCAUAGCAGAGCUGCUGUCUUUGGUUCCUCAGCUUGCAGUCAAGUCAGAGGAGUAUGAGAAACUGAAAGAUGAGGCGGUCAGCUUUCUGUGGAGCUACGCUGGAAGCCAGGAUCCAGAGGUGUCCAGCUGUGGCUACAAAGCUCUGGCAGCUUUUCCUGAAACCACUCACACCAUCCUUCACCUCCCAGAGGCAGCCAGACCUGUUGUGAAGAUCAGCGAGGGCGAAGAUGAUGGUGAUGAAAAGGAUAAAGGAGAAGAAGAAGAUCUCUCCAUCCCUGGAUCGUCCUACAUGAAGCUAAUGGCUCUGACCUCCACCUCUGCUCUUCCAGCCUUUGAGCUCUUCCUGACGUCGCUGGUGAAGCAGGAGAUGAGUGUGAUGCCACGAGGAGUUUAUUUCUCUGCUCUGAGGAGCGGCAGCCUGCGAUCAGACCAAGGAAAAACGGUUUCUGGGAUUCCAUCGUUUGUUCUGAAGACUUACGAGAAAAACAAACAGCCUGGCCUAAAGCCAGGGCUAGCAGCUGGACUGCUGCUCUGCUACGAGCUCCCCGUGCAGACAGACCGCAGCGGGAAGCCGUUCGACCGCUUCCUCGUGAGCCGGAGCCGCAGCUACCAGCAGACCCUGAUGGCUCUCAUUCACGAAGUGAACAUCCAGCCCUCCGAGUGGCACCGUGCCCUGCUGCUCCCCCAGGCGUGGAGGGGCUUCAUGAGCCGAUCCUUCCACGCUGUCCUUCAGGGCCGACGGGCUGAUCUGGAAAUGCAGCAGAAACAAGGCAAAGAGGAGCCCCAGGAGCUGCAGUACAAACAGCACUGUGCCUGGCUGUGGGCUAGAGAUCAGCUGACGGAUGUUAUAAAAACUGCUAUAAAGGACAGUCCUGUUGUCCAGGGAAACUCCAUCCUGACUCUAAGUGGUCUGGCUGCUGUGGUCGCCAAGUAUGAGAGCAAUCUGCCUACUGACAGCAGCGGCAGCCUCGGGGCCGGCCCUGAGUUUGUGCCUACUUCCAGCUGGUUGUCCAUGGUACUGGACACCCUGCUGAGCAUCAGCAGCAGCAGCUACAAGGCCAGGGGACAGGUGUUUCCAUGGUUCCUUCAUCGAUCGUACUCCGGUGAGAACACGGCGAGCGCCAUCGCCCGCUCCUGCGCUAGCCUGGCCUUGUCGCUGCUGGUCCCGGUUCUGGUGGUGUGGCAGAGGGACGGUCUGGUCCAGGUUCUGUCAGCCCUGCAGGCCGGCCUGCCGGGCUCGCCCUCCGCAGACGACUCCCAGGCCGUCCAGUUCCACUCGGGUCUUGCUCUCGGCAUGGUUCUCUCCAGUCUGCACCACCAAUGUCUCCGGGAUACCUCUGCCCAGGAGGACAUGGAUCUCCUUUCCAGCUCUCUGGACGCUCUGGAAAGCUGCUGCUUCAACCCCAACCUGGAAUACAACACCGGCUGCGUGUUGGGCCUAGGCCUCGCGCUCUCAGCCCUCUGCAGCAGAGGCCAGGUGGAACAGCAGGUCCACGUCACCAGAACCCUUGACAAGCUACUGGCUAACCUGCAGGACAGCGGCGGGCAGGGUCGCAUGCUGCAGGAGGUGCUGUCGUACUCUGUGGCCUGUGUGAGCGUCUCAGCAUUCAGCGGAGGUCUGAUCGAUGCUGCCAAGGCUGAGGAGGUCCUGAACAGUCUGCGCGCCCUGACCGAGGAGAGCCAGCAGACUCCAGGCUUCUCAUUGGCUCUCGGGCUGGUCGUCCACGGCCUCUCUGUGUCCGGCCACGGCAAAGCAGAGGACAUUCAGCCCCGCCUGCUGGCUGCUUGGAUCCAGAUCCUCCUGGCCGAGAGUUGUCCCACGAUGCAGCGACUGGCUGCCGCUAACGGACUGGUGGCUCUGGUGGGAUCAGAGAGCGGCCUGAUUCAGUUUCAGAAUGAGUUGGAGCUUUCCUCCCAGCAGCAGAGCAGACUCAACGAGGUGAUCCGCGGCAUCACGCAGAUUAUAACCUUUUCUGGGGCCAUUGGCCUGCAGUCCAACUGUGCCUGCCUGAUCGGCCAUCUGCAUCUGGCCCACAUGUCCAGCAGUCACAGCCACACAGCAGUUCCUCAGGACUUCAGUUACCUCCCGGUGAAAAGCGUCAUCCGCUCCAUAACGGACUUCAUUACAGAAGCGGGGAAAAAAGGUCCAGAGGUUUCCUCUCCGGCUCUGGUUCGGACCGCUCUGACCCCCCUGGCGUCUGUAGGAGCUGCCUUCCAGUAUCCGCCGGUGAACUGGAGCGCCGUCCUGUCCCCGCUGAUGAGACUGAGCUUCGGAGAAGAUAUCCAGCAUCAGUGUGUGGUCCUGGCAGCGUGCCAAGCUCAGUCUUCCCAAAGCGCCUCCCUCUUCCUGGGCUCCUGGCUGUCUCCACCUCUCGUCCACAGCCUCAGCCUUCGUACUCGAGCUCACCUCUACGAGUCCCUGGGCGUGUGGAUGAAGCACGUGGCGGAGGACAAGCUGCAGGUGUUCGUGAAGAGCCUGGGCCUGCAGCAGUUCCAGGACGACGUGCGAACCCAGAGGCUGUCUCUGUGUCGCUCUCUGCUGACGGGCGUCGCUCAGGCCAUGGCCCUCCCCAACCCGCCCAACCACUGCUGGGCCGUCCUCUGCUCGUCCGCAGAGAAGAUCUUCCUCCUCCUGCCCAAUCAAAUUCAGGAUGCAGAGGUGGAUCUGUACGUGGGCGUCGCCAGGUGUCUGUCUGAGAUGUCCGACACAGAGAUCGACAGAAUCGUUCAGGUCUCGCAGGCUCAGAUGGAGAAGACCUGUUUUGUCCUGGCGUACCUGACCUCUCAGGGCAGGGUUCCCCUCCUCAGCCUCAACGAUGUGAUCGGCGGGGUGCUGCGGGGUUGGCCCGGCUGCAGAGUGGGCUGGAUCCUCCUGCAGGCUCUGUACCAGUGCCGCCUGGCUGCCGGCGCCGCUACAGGUGUUUCCAAACGAAUGGAGUGGCUGCUGGAGCUGAUGGGACACAUCCGGAACAUCGGCUAUGGGAACACAUCCGUCUCCUGUGGAGACUCCAAACUGGCGACAGACUUCCUGUUCCAGCUCUUUGCCGCCGCCGUCGUUUCCUGGGGCGACCGCUUCAUGCCCGUCCUCUAUGGCCUCAGGUCCCAGUGGUUCCCGUGGCAACCGGAAUCCAAGCCUCCGCUGCUGACGCACAGUUUGUACGGAGCGGAUCCGCUCAGCGACCUCGCUCUGCCGCAGUGCCUGCUGGGAGUUCACCACAGCCUGCCGCUGCUGCUGGACAAGGAGCCGUGGAGCGGCCAGAGGCACAAGUUCAUAGACUGGCUCCUCAGCAUCUCAGAAGGUCCUGAGGAGAACAUUUCAGCGACCGCCGUCGGCUCAGCCAGAGCGGCUCUCCUGAGUCUGAAGUCCUCCUCCGAGUUCAGGAAGAAGGCGGUGUGGACCAGAGCGUACGGCUGGUAGCGCAGAGGAAGCCGCCGUCUCAUCCGUCCGACUCGGCAAACAGCAGAGACUCUUUUUUUUUUUUUUUUUCACUUAGACACAGAUGAGUGAGGAAUUUACCGACUUCAUUAAAACCGCUU